UGUACUCCGUACAUGUAGAGGACCCGCUCAGAACCAGUUCCAUGGUACUUCAUAGAUCCAGACCUCUGCAGUAGCGACCCUUACCCACCUACAACGUACCUUACCUUACGGGAGAAUAAUAUUAGGUACAUAGCGUCUGCUAGUAUCCCGUCUACCUUACCUUAUCCUACCUACCUUACCUACCUUACCUACUUCCCUCCUCGGCCUUCUUUUUUCCUUCUUCCUUUCCUUUCCCUGAGCCCUGUUUUUCUUCAACCCCCUUCACCACUCGUCCCCGCUUGCCUUGAUGCCAGCGAGAGCUUCUGCUUCAGCCCCUCCUGGUCUUCGACUCGAUCACAACUGUUGUCCGGCCAUACCACUCACUUGAUCCCGCCGUUGGGAGCGUGAUAGAGCAGCCAUAGAGGCAGUGACACCACCUGCUGCCACAAUGGGUGUCCUGGAAGCUCGCCAGCAGGCGGCGGACACUGAGUCUCAGGACUCGUCCGUCUCCGCUAUGGUGUCGACCCUGAUCCCCACCCUCAUUAUCGCCAGCAUCUACUUCACCAUCUUCCUCGUCCUGCGAAAGAGCCAGCGCAGGUUCUAUGCUCCUAGGACCUACAUUGGGAGCUUGCGGCAGCAGGAGCGAACGCCCGCCUUGCCCGGCGGUCUGUUCAAUUGGUUCGGCGCCUUUCGAAACAUACCCGAUUACCAUGCACUCCAGCACCAGUCCCUGGACGCGUACCUCUUCCUCCGCUACCUGCGUAUCUGCGCCACCAUCUGCGUCGUGGGCCUCAUCCUGACGUGGCCCGUUCUCUUCGCCGUUAAUGCUACUGGCGGUGGCACCCAGGAGGGGCUCAACAUGUUGAGCUAUAGCAACGUCGAUGUCGACUCCCCGCAGGGCAGGAACCGCCUCUAUGCCCACGUCUUCCUCGGCUGGCUCUUUUACGGAUUUGUCAUGUACAUGAUUCUGCGCGAGUGCAUCUUCUACAUCAAUCUCCGCCAGGCAUUCCUGCUCUCCCCCGUCUAUGCCAAUCGCAUCUCCUCGCGCACCGUCCUUUUCACCUCUGUGCCCGAAGACUACCUCGACGAGUUGAAAAUUCGCAGGCUCUUCAGUAACUCGGUCAAGAACGUAUGGAUCGUCGGCGAUACGGGCAAGCUGGAAGAGGUCGUCGAGGAGCGUGACAAGACGGCCAUGAAGCUGGAGAGUGCCGAGGUGAAGCUCAUCAAGUUGGCGAACAAGGAACGCGUUAAAUCCCUGAAAAAAGGCGCCGCCGGCCCUGACGAGGCUCCUUCCGCCCCCGCGAGCCACAACGCCGAGGUUGGCCAGGUGGCGGCGCGGUGGGUUCCGAACAAGAAGCGACCUACGCAUCGACUUGGCAAGUUCGGCCUGUACGGCAAGAAGGUCGACACCAUCGAUUGGUGCCGCGACGAGCUACGGAGGCUCAUCCCCGAAGCCGCGGCCGCUCAGGCCCAGUUCCGCGCCGGGGACUUCGCCAAGGUCGGCGCCGUCUUUGUCGAGUUUCACACCCAGUCCGAUGCCCAGGCCGCCUACCAGGUUCUCACCCACCACCAAGUGCUUCGCAUGUCCCCCCGGUACAUCGGCGUCCAGCCGGGCGAGGUGCUCUGGAAGUCGCUCAGGAUUUCCUGGUGGCAGAAGGUCAUCCGCCGAUACGCCGUCAUUGCCUUCAUUACUGCUCUCAUCCUCUUCUGGGCCAUCCCUACCGCCGCCGUGGGCGCGAUCAGUCAGGUCUCGUUCCUCAAGUCACUGUCUUGGCUCGCCUGGCUCGAUGCCGUUCCGGAGGUCAUCAUGGGCGUCAUCUCCGGUCUGCUCCCGGCCGUGGCCUUGGCCAUCUUGAUGUCUCUUGUCCCUGUCGUCAUGCGCCUGUGUGCGAAGCUGGCAGGCGAGCCAUCUUUGUCGCGGGUCGAGCUCUUCACGCAGAGCGCCUACUUCUGGUUUCAGCUUAUCCAGGUUUUUCUGAUCACCACCAUCUCCGGCUCGGCCGUUGGCGCCGCCCUCGAGAUAUCUCAGGAACCUGGGAGGAUCUUCUCCAUCCUCUCGGCGGCUCUUCCUCGGGCGUCUACCUUUUACAUUUCCUACUUCAUCGUGCAAGGUCUGACUAUCGCCUCGGGUGUCGUUUCCCAGGUUGUCGGGUUUAUCAUAUUUAAACUGCUGUACAAGUUCCUGGCGAACACGCCUCGUGCCAUGUACAACAAGUGGGCGACGCUCAGCGCCAUUUCAUGGGGCUCGGUCUUGCCUAUCUACACCACCAUUUCCGUCAUCAGCAUUGUGUAUGCCGUCAUCGCGCCUCUCAUGCUCUUCUGGUCGUCUCUCGGUAUUUUCCUGUUUUACCUGGCGUAUCGAUACAACAUCCUGUUCGUCACCGACACGAUUGUGGACACGCGCGGCCUGAUUUACCCUCGCGCACUGAAGCAGCUGUUUGCCGGCGUUUACCUUGCGGAAAUCUGCAUGGUCGGCUUGUUCGCCGUGUCGCAAGCGUUUGGUCCUCUCGUCCUGAUGGUGGCUUUCCUCGUAUUCACCCUCUUGUUCCACCUCACCAUCUCUAAGGUGCUCGACCCGCUGCUCUACAACCUACCCCGGUCGCUUCAGGUGGAAGAAGAGCUUCUGCUGGCCGGCAGCGACGCGGAAGCUGCGCGGCCCCUUGCCCUGGAUGCGAGUAGGAGUGCCAAGGAAGCAGGCGCGGCAAACGGCUCUACUCCCAGCCAGGCCCAGGGCGCGUCCGACAGGCAGGGCAACAUGAUCACGCGGUUCCUCAAGCCGUGGGUGUAUGCCGACUACCACACGCUGCGGCAGCUGGUUCCCCAGGACGCGAUUGAUUUCGACCAGAUGUACUCGGAGCAGGUCGAGCGGGACGCCUACUACCCCCCCUCGGCGACGAGCGCGACGCCUCUCCUCUGGAUCCCCUCGGACCCGGCGGGCGUGUCGAAGGACGAGAUUGCGUUGACGAGCAAGGUGAUUGACAUUACGGACGAGGGCUGCACCAUUGACGAGAAGAAUAAGCUGAUCUGGGAUGCCGAGGGCGCGCGGCCUCCCAUUUGGGAUGAGAAGGUUUACUACUAAUUGGAUACCGCUUUUGGAAUUGAUGUUUUGGAACAAGCGGCAUUGCGAUGACAUGUCGUGGGUCUCUCAGUAAUAGUAAUCGCGGACUACCUGUACUAUACCAUCACCGCCAGAAACCGGGCUAUGCGAUCUUCAUAACGGGACGUAUGGAUGCAUGGAUAGUACUGUCUUGACAUGACAAUCGCUAUUUUUACUGGAUAGCUAACUUUCGUUCUCAUAAUGAUUCCUUUUUUUAUUUUUAUUUUUUAUUAUUUUCUACCCUAGACACUCCUCUCUCUUUAUAGGGUUUUCCAGACAUUCGUGAUAUUCGCAGAGGCAAGGCACAAGAGCAUCUCUACUUUGGGAGGUUUGUAAGGUAACAACGUGGCGAUUUGACAGUUGCCUGUUGUACUCCAGUCCAGGCUAUUUAUCUGAUUGUUUUGACCUGUGCCGAUAAACAGCUCGAUUGAUACUGCGGUAGGCAUACGUCUAAAACAAAGAGUAAGAG